UGCGUGUCUUUUAUCUUCCUUUCCUUUCUUUUAAGCCAUAUGCACUGCAGCUCUUCCAAGUUGUUCGUCGCAAAGUCCGAAAGUUACUCAAGAUAGUCUGAAGGAGUAAAGCGGCUCGAAAAUGCAGAUUUCAAGAGGUGGAAACGAGGCUGUUAAAGAGGAUGAGGCAAUUGCGCGAAUAACUGCGAAUAUGAAUGGCGGUCCAUAGCGGCCCGAUAUCCAUAAUUAACUAAACGCCUAAUCUGCCAGCCAUGGUCCCACAGUUCGUUGCUUAACAUGAUGAACAAUUUCUUUCUAACUAUUGUCUUAGCGGUUUCUUGCACUUACAGACGAUAUGUCGUCCACAGCAGUUCCAGAUGCCCGAGAAAUUAGUCGACGUACUGGUUCUGAAACGGCGAGUGACCUUUCUUCGGGCCGCGUAAACACUGCUGAGGGGUCAGAUGUUGCUGGCACCAGCAAUAAAAACGCUCUCGAAGCCCGUAAGGACAACAUUGUCGAACGGGGCGAUGAUCAAGUUAAAAGGAGGCCAAUUCCACGAAGGAGGAAGAAGCAAGAAGAGACAUCUUGGAUCAUGGUCUUGACUCCCAUACUACUCGUCUUGUUCGCAUACGUCGCGUUACGCGUUAGUGCUGCUGUGGCAAAUCCGAAGCCCAAGUUUAACUGGGCCAAUACAAAAUAUGUAUAUGCCUUUGGUGACUCGUACACGUUUGUUGGAGGCACGAAAGGCCAUGCGAACUUCAGUUUCAUUGGUGAUCUGGAUAAUCUCCUUCCCAGCCGUCAAGAACUGCUUUCUAGCGAAAUAAUACCUCACAAUACGAGCUCAGACGGGUCAAACUGGAUUGAGUUCCUGACGGGUUGCUUCGAAGGCCAACCCGCCCAAUGUUUCCCUCAUCAACUUUGGGACUUUGCAUUCGCAGGUGCCGAUAUUGAUGGAAAGCUGUUGCCUCUUCAUCAUUCAUUCACCGUUCCUCUUGUCGAUCAAGUCAGACAAUGGGUGACUUCUGCUUCAAACGUGAUUCCUCAUCCCGCAGAUCAAACAAUCACUUUCUGGUGGGUUGGUAUCAAUGACACGGGUGAUACUGUGACUAAUGCCACCAUCACUGACUUUCCCGCUUUCUGGGAAGAAGAAAUGACUUCAUACUUCAAAGCUGUGGAAUUCGCAGUCACACGAAGUUUAUCCGGCACGCACUUCUUCAUAAACGUCCCACCAGAACACCGAAAUCCCAGUUUCGUCAACACACCCCGAGCACCCAUCAUCCAAGCCCACAUCCAGCAAUUCAACUCAAUCUUGAACGUACACGUGAAACAAUUCGCUGACAAGUUCAGAGAGUUGAACGUGUUGACGUUUGAUGCGUUCGAGUUCUUCAACAAGAUUUUAGAUCAUCAUGAGGAGUUCGGCUUCAAGAAUAUCACAGGGUUCUGUCAAUGCUCGGAUCCAAAGUUUUUCUGGUUUGAUGCUGGACAUCCUACCGAACGUGUACAUAAGCUGAUCGCCGAGGCUAUCGAAGACCAACUCGUUGAGGCAUCGCGUUGAUGCAUCUUUGAGAUGGUUGCCUACGGCACAGUCCAUCUGCUAGAUUAUUUGGUGCCCACCCAACUCACGUAUUUGGAUGUAAUCUGCUUCCUCUACACGUAUUUGGAGACACUAGGAAGAGACAGACUAAGAUGAAUUCCAGACGUCAGCAAGAAUCGAGAGCUACUGUAUGUAUGUACACGUUGCAACCAAACGCAACCACGUGCAGAACGUUAUAAGAUGAAGGUGGGAAACCUUCAAGGAAAAGAAAUAAAAUGAACUAAUAGGU